AUGCUGCUGCUGUAUGAUGUGCUGUGCCACACUGACGACGCCGGUACUGGUGGAUGACGAAGUCACGCCCUUGGUCAUGUGAUUGGUGUUCUAUUCCAGGCUGCAUCACGCGUUAGGCGAGGGCACGUAAUUUGAGUGAGGCCAUGCAACCCAAAUGAGGGCAUGAUAGCGCCACAACCACAUGCACUAAUUUAUCUGCCCUGUCUGUUUACCUGCAUAUACACACUCCUUAAUAGGUCAUUUACACCUCUGUGAUAGUGACAAGCAUGCAAAUGAGAUCAUUUGCUUUGUACUGAGUUAUCGCCAUGUUGUUUUCCCCAGGCCCGCUCUGUUCUGUGCUUCAUCAUCAGGUCAUCUUGACCCCCCUGUCUAGAUGAGUUACAUUUUAUGUAAAAUUGAUGUCAAAAGUUGUCAUUUUUUGCACUUGAACUAACCCUAAUGCUAACCAUUUUCCUAACCUUAAAACGAAUUAUCCUAACCUGCAACUUUAAUUAUCCUAACCUGCUGCAUAAAUUCUGCUAUGAAAAGUAAAUUCUGACAUAAACUGUAUACCAUCUAGUCAAAACUCUGUAGGAGGGCCAUAGGUAACAGGUGUCUUUAUACGUCUUUGACUCUCUGAAAAGCGCUAUAUAAAUCCCAUAUAUUAUUAUUAUUAUUAUAGGUGUUACAGGUGCUGAGAAGAGGUCCCUUUCUCCGGUGGGUGGGAGGGUGUUGGGGGGCAGCCUGCUUGAAUGUCACAGAAACCUGAUCAAGUCUGCCAGUCCUGUGAGGAGUGUGUGUGUGUGUUUGUGAGUAUUUGUAUCAGUCUGGUAGUAGUAACCAAAACAGAAGGCCCCAGCACGUCUCCCCACACAUUGUAAGCCGAGCCAAUGUUUGGGUUGCCACAAUGACAUCAUCCAUUAUCCAACACCCCCCCCCACCCCAUACACCCCCUCCUCUUUUUUUCAACUCAGAUGGUAGACUGCAGAACCUUCCACCCUCCUCCCUCCCACCUCCAUUUCACAAAUUACUUUUCAUUGCUGUUGCCUUAAUUGGCUGCCAAACAGGCAUAGUUGGGGCCGAUGAGGUGGCACGGGGCAAACAGCUGCCUCCACACCCAAGGUAAUGGCAGGGUGCUGAGAGACAGACCUGAGACUUGAGCAAACCAUCAGCAGGUAGCACCCCUACCAUGGGGUACUGAAGCAACCGUGGACUACACUAUUGUGUAGGAGACAGCGCAUGAUGAACAGGCUUGCCUGUGAGUUCUGUCUACAGUCAUUGGUCUCCAUAGAGUGGAGGCUAAGACUAUACAUACUGUAUAUCUAUAGCAGAGUCUGAAACUAUACAUGACAAAUAUAUAUAAACAAUAUAUGGCUGUAGUUAUUACUGUAUAUGACACAGAUAACUAUUUAUCUUAGUGUUCCAUAAAUCGAACAACGUUAUAACAAGGUAAUAAGCAAUAGGCUACUUAUGUACCACAGUCACACUUUGAUUCUUUAUAGGUAAUCUUUAGCACAUAGUAUCAUUUGAAAAUAAAUAUGUAUACUACCGUUCAAAAGUUUGGGGUUACUUAGAUAUUUCCUUGUUUUCGAAAGAAAAGCAAUUUUUUCCCCAUUAAAAUAACAUCAAAUUGACCAGAAAUACAGUGUAGACAUUGUUAAUGUUGUAAAUGGCUAUUGUAGCUGGAAACAGCUUAUUUUUAAUGGAAGAUCUACAUAGGCGUACAGAGGCCCAUUAUCAGCAACCAUCAGUCCUGUGUUCAAAUGGCAUGUUGUGUUUGCUAAUCCAAGUUCAUCAUUUUAAAAGGCUAAUUGAUCAUUAGAAAACCCUUUUGCAAUUAUGUUAGCACAGCUGAAACUGUUGUGCUGAUUAAAGAAGCAAUAAAACUGGCCUUCCUGAGAACGCCAGGGUAGUGGGUUUGAUCCCCGGGACCACCCAUACGUAAAAAUGUAUGCGCACAUGACUGUAAGUCGCUUUGGAUAAAAGCGUCUGCUAAAUGGCAUAUUAUAUUUUUAUAUUAUAUUAUUAUAUUAUUAUUAUCUGGGAGCAUCAGCAAUUGUGGGUUCGAUUACAGGCUCAAAAUGGCCAGAAACAAAUAACUUUCUUCUGAAACUCGUCAGUCUAUUCUUGUUCUGAGAAAUGAAGGACUAUUCCUGGCCUUCUUGAGACUAGUUGAGUAUCUGGAGCAUCAGCAAUUGUGGGUUCAAUUACAGGCUCAAAAUGGCCAGAAACAAAUAACUUUCUUCUGAAACUCGUCAGUCUAUUCUUGUUCUGAGAAAUGAAGGCUAUUGCGAGAAAUUGCCAAGAAACUGAAGAUCUCGUACAACGCUGUGUACUACUCCCUUCACAGAACAGCGCAAACUGGCUCUAACCAGAAUAGAAAGAGGAGUGGGAGGCCCCGGUGCACAACUGAGCAAAAGGACAAAUAUAUUAGAGUGUCUAGUUUGAGAAACAGGUGCCUCACAGGUCCUCAACUGGCAGCUUCAUUAAAUAGUACCCGCAAAACACCAGUCUCAACGUCAACAGUGAAGAGGCGACUCCGUGAUGCUGACCUUCUAGGCAGAGUUGCAAGGAAAAAGCCAUAUCUCAUCUUAAUCUUUUCUUUUUAUUGGCCAGUCUGAGAUAUGGCUUUUUCUUGCUGAUAAUGGGCCUCUGUACGCCUAUGUAGAUAUUCCAUAAAAAAUCAGCCGUUUCCAGCUACAAUAGCCAUUUACAACAUUAACAAUGUCAACACUGUAUUUCUGAUCAAUUUGAUGUUAUUUUAAUGGGCAAAAAAAAAAUGCUUUUCUUUCGAAAACAAGGACAUUUCUAAGUGACCCCAAACUUUUGAACGGUAGUGUAUAUAAACUGGAAACUCCAUGGAAGGUUUGUUCCACUCCGGAACACACCUUCCACGUCAUUCAUUAUUUUCCAUAGAACGCAUAGCCCCUCGUUGAUUAUCCCUUACAUAUUGUGUGUACCAAAUGUAUAGCAUAUGUUUUGGUUUUACAGACAAUCGACAGGACCAAUGACAUCCUCUCUCAUCCCAAAUGAAUAGUAUAUAUGGCAGUCUCUGCAGUAACUUCAUCAAAAUCUUAUCUUAUUGGAUAAGGUUGAAGAAACCCUGGCUCCCUUGACAGCAAACCUCAAAUUCAGUUAGGCCCUAUCAGAAACAAAACAGCAAAAUGAAUUCUGAAUUUCUGUGUGAAUUCAGUAUUGUUCAUGAUGAUCAAAUAUGCAAGUAUACACUACCAGUCAAAAGUUUGGACACACCUACUCAUUCAAGGGUUUUUCUUUAUUUUUACUAUUUUUUACAUUGUAGAAUAAUAGUGAAGACAUCAAAACUAUGAAAUAACACAUAUGGAAUCAUGUAGUAACCAAAAAAGUGUUAAACAAAUCAAAAUAUGUUUUAUAUUUGAGAUUCUUCAAAUAGCCACCCUUUGCCCUGAUGACAGCUUUGCACACUCUUGGCAAUCUCUCAACCAGCUUCACCUGGAAUUAUUUUCCAACAGUCUUGAAGGAGUUCCCACAUAUGCUGAGCACUUGUUGGCUGCUUUUCCUUCACUCUGCGGUCCGACUCAUCCCAAACCAUCUCAAUUUGGUUGAGGUCAGGGGAUUGUGGAGGCCAGGUCAUCUGAUGCAGCACUCCAUCACUCUCCUUCUUGGUAAAAUAGCCCUUACACAGCCUGGAGGUGUGUUGGGUCAUUGUCCUGUUGAAAAACAAAUGAAAGUCCCACUAAGCCCAAACAAGAUGGGAUGGCAUAUCGCUGCAGAAUGCUGUGGUAGCCAUGCUGGUUAAGUGUGCCUUGAAUUCUAAAUAAAUCACAGACACCAGCAAAGCACUCGCACAACAUAACACUUCCUUCUCCGUGCUUUACAGUGGCAAAUACACAUGCAGAGAUCAUCCGUUCACCCACACCGCGUCUCACAAAGACACGGCGGUUGGAACCAAAAAUCUCCAAUUUGGACUCCAGACCAAAGGAUACAUUUCCACCGGUCGAAUGUCCAUUGCUCGUGUUUCUUGGCCCAAGCAGGUCUCUUCUUAUUAUUGGUGUCCUUUAGUAGUGGUUUCUUUGCAGCAAUUUGACCAUGAAGGCCUGAUUCACACAGUCUCCUCUGAACAGUUGAUGUUGAGAUGUGUCUGUGACUUGAACUCUGUGAAGCAUUUAUUUGGGCUGCAAUUUCUGAGGCUGGUAACUCUAAUGAACUUAUCCUCUGCAGCAGAGGUAACUCUGGGUCUUCCAUUCCUGUUGCGGUCCUCAUGAGAGCCAGUUUCAUCAUAGCGCUUGAUGUUUUUUGCGACUGCACUUUAAGAAACUUUAGAAGUUCUUGAAAUGUUCCGUAUUGACUGACCUUCAUGUCUUAAAGUAAUGAUGGACUGUCGUUUCUCUUUGCUUAUUUGAGCUAUUCUUGCCAAUAAUAUGGCCUUGGUCUUUUACCAAAAAGGGCUAUCUUCUGUAUACCCCCCUACCUUGUCACAACACAACUGAUUGGCUCAAACACAUUAAGAAGGAAAUAAAUUCCACAAAUUAACGUUUAAGAAGACACACCUGUUAAUUGAAAUUCAUUCCAGGUGACUAGCUCAUGAAGCUGGUUGGGAGAAUGCCAAGAGUGUGCAAAGCUGUCAUCAAGGCAAAGGGUGGCUAUUUGAAGAAUCUCAAAUAUAAAAUAUAUUUUGAUUUGUUUAACACUUCUUUGGUUACUAUAUGAUUCCAUAUGUGUUAUUUCAUAGUUUUGAUGUCUUCACUAUUAUUCUACAAUGUAAAAAAUAGUAAAAAAUAAAGAAAAACCCUUGAAUGAGUAGGUGUGUCCAAACUUUUGACCGGUAGUGUAUAGAUAUACAUAUUUUCUCUCUUUAAAAUGUGAUAUACCAUGGCAAAAUUACCAGGUGCUCUUCUAGUGUUGCACCCCUCCUCUAUACUGUAUCUCUGAAUCCAUCUCAUGCAUGUCACAAAAAGCAGUGACUGUGACUUUUUUUAUAACUGUUCGUGUAGGCAUAAAUGACUUUAUGUUGAGGUCAAAGGGCCUGUUGCAUUGUAGGAUAAUUCAUGAAAUAUGUGAUAAAGAGGUGUGAUGCUUCAGGAACAACCAUUACCUCAUCAUCAUCACCCAGGGCUGGCUGGACAGAUGGCUCAUAGCUGAGGGGGGUCAGCUGUUCCCAUCGUACCCUCAUCUGACUCCUUUAGUCCUACAAUGCCUUGUUAUCAUAAGGCUGUGGAACACAAUGUGAAGGAAUGUGCAUCUUCAGCAAUCCACAUGAGAUUCACACACUGCUUUCCCAUGCACCAGCGAGGCUGAAACCCAGGAUUAGCAACAGAAACAAAAUUCAAAUGUCAUCUUGGAUACUCAUCAUCAGCAGCCCAGCCCAGCAAUGCAAACCACUGCACUUUUUCCUCCAUCCGUAGACUCAUGGGUUCCCAUAUGGGCUCUCAGGGGUCCGUUGUUUGCCUGUCACAACAAUUAGGUCAUCACCAGGUCUCUGUUGGGUUGCUCUGUUUACAGAUCUCAGAGAGGUGGUAGCCAUUGCACAGCAUUAGGACACCCUUUCGCUCAGUGACAGGUCCAGGGUCUUGGACCGUGGGUGGACAAACAAUAGUAUGGUCUGUAGCAGAAUUGGACCACACGUCAUUUUCUGGUCAACAGAUCGGUCAAUACAAACCUGUAACUGAUUCCUCUCCUCCUCACUCUCUUGAAGUGUUGAUGCAGUGAUACCAGGAUCAAGUUGCAUGGUGGCCUUAUAAAAUGAUUGAUACACAAAUCUUGCAUGCAGUGUUUGUUUUGCUUAACAAUGGGAUUGUGUGUAUAUGUGCCACCAAGGGCUCACAAAACUCUAAUUCUCAUAGUAGAUUAAAUGAUCAACUCACUUUUUUUUAGCACUGACUUUGCUGAUAGUUACUUUAUUGAGGAAAAAUGUACUUACUAUGACUGAGAUACAGUGGGGAGAACAAGUAUUUGAUACACUGCCGAUUUUGCAGGUUUUCCUACUUACAAAGCAUGUAGAGGUCUGUAAUUUUUAUCAUAGGUACACUUCAACUGUGAGAGACGGAAUCUAAAACAAAAAUCCAGAAAAUCACAUUGUAUGAUUUUGAAGUAAUUAAUUUGCAUUUUAUUGCAUGACAUAAGUAUUUGAUACAUCAGAAAAGCAGAACUUAAUAUUUGGUACAGAAACCUUUGUUUGCAAUUACAGAGAUCAUACAUUUCCUGUAGGUCUUGACCAGGUUUGCACACACUGCAGCAGGGAUUUUGGCCCACUCCUCCAUCCAGACCUUCUCCAGAUCCUUCAGGUUUCGGGGCUGUCGCUGGGCAAUACAGACUUUCAGCUCCUUCCAAAGAUUUUCUAUUGGGUUCAGGUCUGGAGACUGGCUAGGCCACUCCAGGACCUUGAGAUGCUUCUUACGGAGCCACUCCUUAGUUGCCCUGGCUGUGUGUUUCGGGUCGUUGUCAUGCUGGAAGACCCAGCCACGACCCAUCUUCAAUGCUCUUACUGAGGGAAGGAGGUUGUUGGCCAAGAUCUCGCGAUACAUGGCCCCAUCCAUCCUCCCCUCAAUACGGUGCAGUCGUCCUGUCCCCUUUGCAGAAAAGCAUCCCCAAAGAAUGAUGUUUCCACCUCCAUGCUUCACGGUUGGGAUGGUGUUCUUGGGGUUGUACUCAUCCUUCUUCUUCCUCCAAACACGGCGAGUGGAGUUUAGACCAAAAAGCUAUAUUUUUGUCUCAUCAGACCACAUGACCUUCUCCCAUUCCUCCUCUGGAUCAUCCAGAUGGUCAUUGGCAAACUUCAGAUGGGCCUGGACAUGCGCUGGCUUGAGCAGGGGCACCUUGCGUGCGCUGCAGGAUUUUAAUCCAUGACGGCGUAGUGUGAUACUAAUGGUUUUCUUUGAGACUGUGGUCUCAGCUCUCUUCAGGUCAUUGACCAGGUCCUGCCGUGUAGUUCUGGGCUGAUCCCUCACCUUCCUCAUGAUCAUUGAUGCCCCACGAGGUGAGAUAUUGCAUGGAGCCCCAGACCGAGGGUGAUUGACCAUCAUCUUGAACUUCUUCCAUUUUCUAAUAAUUGCGCCAACAGUUGUUGCCUUCUCACCAAGCUGCUUGCCUAUUGUCCUGUAGCCCAUCCCAGCCUUGUGCAGGUCUACAAUUGUAUCCCUGAUGUCCUUACACAGCUCUCUGGUCUUGGCCAUUGUGGAGAGGUUGGAGUCUAUUUGAUUGAGUGUGUGGACAGGUGUCUUUUAUACAGGUAACGAGUUCAAACAGGUGCAGUUAAUACAGGUAAUGAGUGGAGAACAGGAGAGCUUCUUAAAGAAAAACGAAUAGGUCUGUGAGAGCCGGAGUUCUUACUGGUUGGUAGGUGAUCAAAUACUUAUGUCAUGCAAUAAAAUGCAAAUUAAUUACUUAAAAAUCAUACAAUGUGAUUUUCUGGAUUUUUGUUUUAGAUUCCGUCUCUCACAGUUGAAGUGUACCUAUGAUAAAAAUGACAGACCUCUACAUGCUUUGUAAGUAGGAAAACCUACAAAAUCGGCAGUGUAUCAAAUACUUGUUCUCCCCACUGUAUGUGGUUGUCCCACCUAGCUGUUUUAAGAUGAAUGCACUAACUGUAAGUCGCUCUGGAUAAGAGCGUCUGCUAAAUGACUAAAAUGUAAAUGUAAUUUAGGCCUACAUCCUGGUGUUCAGUACAUCAGUAAAUGAGCCAUGGAGGGUAAUUAUUUAGGGUUUUAACUCAUUGGUUUCUUUGUAGGCUACACUUUCUUGACAAUUCCUUGUAGGCUACACUUUCUUGACACACAACUUUCUAACCUGUUGCACCUGAAUCAUUAUUUCUGCCAUAGAAAAGACCAGAGGCGUCAUUCCCAUAGGGGGCACGGGGGUACGUGCCCCCUCAGAUUUGUCCUGUAAUACUACUAGCCACAUAGCAAUUUUAUGAAGUUGUCUUUAGCUAGCCCAGAUAGGAUCCCAAUGUCCCACCCUCAUAACUAGCUACCAAGAAGCCAUUUCAGACUAUCAAUCAAGUUAGAGUAGCUAGCUUGUCUAACUAGCUUAGCUGGCAUGCCUGCUGGCAAGGUUAGUAGACUUUAGAAAAGCAAGCAAUAACUAAAUGUACUGAAUAAGACUCACAUUCCUUUCAAUCUUUUACACAGAUUUUAGCAGAGAUGCAGAGAAGCAUAUUUUGUUUCUUAAAAAAAAAAAAGAACCCUUUGAAGAACCUUUUGGGUUCCAUGUAGAACCCUUUCUACAGAGGGUUCUACAUGGAGCCCAAAAUGGUUCUACCUGGAACCGAAUCAAAAAGGGUUCUCCUAUGGGGACAGCCGAAGAACCCUUUUGGAACCAUUUUUUCUAAGAGUGUAGAUUGCAGGAAAAAGCUUUUUCAGGUGUUUGAAAAAUGCAAUUGUCUCCAAUUUAUGGACUGGGCAUAGCACUCCUCCGGAUCAGCCCCCAGCCAUCUUCAUGUACUUGUGCCCCCUCAGAUUUUGUUUCAGGUGUUUGAAAAAUACAAUAGUCUCCAAUUUAUGGGCAUAGCACCUUUCCAGACCAGCCAUCCUGACAUACUUUGUGCCCCCUCAUAUUUUGGGGUUGCAUGACACCCCUGGAAAAGACCUCAUAAAGAAUCUGCUGAAUGCACCACAUAAUGAUUGAUUAUCUCGAAUUAUGCGUCCCCACAUCAGAGAGUGCGUGCGAUAGAGAGAUACCAUAUCUCACCACGGAUUGUUUUCCUUUGAUAAAACUCUUCUGCCCCGAAACAGCGUAUCGGCAGCAGUGGCAGGUCAUGAGCGAUUGGUUGGAACUGCGCGCGGCAGCCCCGGAAUCCCUUGCCUUGGAAGCCUUGAGAGGAUGUCAGUAACUCAAUUAAGUGCUUGUGUCACUCGGUUUUAACAUCAACCGACAUCAAGGUUUUCCAUUUGUCUGGCCGCCUAUUCAGGGGAUAGUGACACAUGCACCUAUUUUUAAACUGUAUAAGGACCAAUUGUUUUAAUUGUCCAAAUUGUUUUAAUUGUCCAAAUUGUUUCAAUUGUUAUAGACCUACACAUUCUUGUUAUUUUAAAAUGUUAUAUUCCCAUUUCACCACAAUUACACAUUUUGUUUCCAUAAUUAAUAUUUGGCAACAUGUGGCCAGAAGAUGAUCAUGCAGAUCUCAUAUGUUCAUGUGAAGGGGGUGUUAUAUUGCUCUGUCCCUGACCCAGUUAAGUAGCUUAAUUAUAAGACCACUGACUCUAAUAACCGAACCCUUAUAAUAACCAUAAUAACUGGUAGAUGUAGACCACCAGACUACUAGACAACGUAGGAUUCUUAAUGUAUUUUUUAUUUCGUAGACAUUGUCGCCCCCUUGUGGAUUUGGCAGAUGUAGGCAAACUAUCUGUAUUUUCACUAAUGUAAAUCAUUAUCAAACAUAAACUGCUAUCCGUUCAUUUAUUUCCAAGAUAUAUAGGCUAUUUAUCCGUUAACAUAGCCUACAUUUCAGGUCUUUAGAUAAGUUAUUUUCAUGAUUGUGAAAGCAGAUUUGAAAUAGCAUGAUAUGCGUACUGUCUCUUUAAAAACUGGUUCCAAAUUUGGCAGGAAGUUGAAUUUGUAUUACAGGAAAUGAAUAUGAGGACACAUUGUCGUGGAGCUGGAUUUGAUACAUUGUAUUGAGCACACUGUCUGUAACCACAACUCGCUUUGAUAAAGGUAAUCUAGUUCGACUGUAUUGUGAUACUUUGUAUCUUUACGCCAACCUCGUUGUAAACAAUGUUGCAUAUUUUUUCUGCAGUUAAGUUACUUCCAACUGACUGAUAGCGUAGACAUGGCCCGGUGUGGUGUGCUUACCUCACAAGUGUCUAAAGAAAACUACUAAAACCAAUGUUACUUACUUGUUUAAUUUGUAAAGGUAGGCUAAUGUGUAAGGUAUUUGCUAUAACAUGUCAUUUGCGUGUCAUCUUAAACUCAUUUCUAGGUUAUGUGCACUCACUAAAAGCUUAAGAAGGCUUUCUCACAGAACGCAGCUGGACUCAUGAAGGAUUUAUGAAUUCACGUAGGCUACAACACCUUCGCCUGAUGUAAUUAUUGGCUACCCAUAGUCUUUAAGUAGCCAAUUCCAUUCUGGUACUCCGUUCAUGCUGUAAAUACGGCUGUUUUACAUUUGCAUCCCCCUUCUAUGCACCGCAGUGGUUAUUGUGUAAACAACCCUCCAAGCUGCAUUUCUCACAGUCCUUUUUUAAACCCACAUCAGCUGGAAGAGUCAGGAUUCCAGCCCACCACCUGCGCAUAAGGACGGGCUAGAGGCCAUGGUGAGCUUCUGAAAUGCAAUUAUAUAUUAUGUGUUGUAAUUUUGCAGAUUGACUGUAGUUUAGGCUGAUAUAUUGUUUCAGUCUUAAUUUAGACAUUGCCAAAAUCAUACAUACUAGCUUCUCUGAGAAUGCAAACCAAACCAUAAUGGGAAUCAAAUGUGCUGAUACUAGUAUCACAGUUGGUUAACUAUGACAUGCAAUACUAAAGCAAUUGUACACGAGAGGGCGUGCUAAACAACUUUUUUAGCAUGGCUGUGCUGCGUUCAUAGGUUCGAGGCGGAGCCGAGUACCGUAGAUCAGCACAAAUCACAAUGCUUGUUUUGACCAACCCGUUGUAGAAUCUUAUUCAAAAUUUAUGUAUACCUUCAAUUUCUCAGUCUACAGUGGUGGAUCUCAAGACAAAGGAGGAGAAGGAUGCAGAGCUUGACAGACGGAUCGAGGCUCUGCGCAAGAAGAAUGAAGCUCUGGUCCGGAGGUACCAGGUGAGCUCCCACAGGAUCAGAUUUAUAGUCCUGUUGUAGCAGCAGCAUCAUAUGUGUGGCUCAGUUGGUAGAGCAUGGCACUUGCAAUGUCAGGAUUGUGGGUUCGAUUCCCAAUGAGGCCACCCAUACGAAAAUGUAUGCACGCACUAUAAGUUUGCUUCGGAUAAAAGUGUCUGCUAGAUAGUAUACCCUAUUGUAUUAUAUUAUUAUUAUUUAAUCUUUAUAUUCACUUAAAGGGGUGCCUUUUUUUUCUCUGUAAAUAGUUUAAAUUAAAAGAAAUGUAUAGAUAUGAAUAUAUCCUCAAGUGCAUUGCCUGUAAAUGUUUUUUGCACUGGGUUACUAGUUAUUGGAGGUGUGUGUGUACAUGUCUUUGAUUCAAGAAGAGGUUGUGAAGGAUAAACAAACCCCACUGAGUUCUCCUGAGAGUACUUGCCACCUGUCUCAGUUUCAUCCUCGGAGCAAUUCAGAAAUCCCCAUGUUUAUGGAUGCCAUCUGUUUAGCUAUAGUUUGUCUGAAACAUUGUCCCUGCAUUAAGAAGUAGUGGAUCUGGUUGUAUUGCUCACUGCCAGUUUCCUCACAAAGAAAGUCUGAGAUUGUUGGUCUCUAAUGGGUUAGGAACAAGCCUAGCGGUUAAGAGCGUUGGGCCAGUAACCAAAAGGUCGCUGGUUCGAAUCCUCGAGCCGACUAGGUGAAAAACUCUGUGCCCUUGUGCAAGGCACUUAAUCCUAAUUACUCCUGUAAGUCGCUCUGGAUAAGAGCGUCUGCUAAAUGACUAAAAUGUAAAUGUAAAAUUAUUAGCUUAUGUCAAACAGCUAAAUCGCAUAGCCACGUUGCAAAAUAGCUUUCUGACUGUCCGGGUAUUCAAAUCAUGGUCAUCGGUCACUUUUCUGUUGAAUCUCCCAGAAUUCAUGCUUGAUUUAUCAGGUUAGUGAGACACUGAUGAGCCUUUGUCAGCCUAUCAUCAGCCAACAUUUGUUUUGUUAUCUUUCUACAGGAAAUAGAAGAGGACAAAAAGAAGGCGGAACAGGAGGGGAUUGCCGUGAAGACGCACCCACCCAGGAAGAGCCGCCCUCACGAUGGCCCGCCAGAGGGAGACAGACGGAGGACAGAGAAAGAGAACUUCACUGUCACCGUAGACCUCUCCAAACCUGCAGGGGUGAGACCAGGAUGAGGGCUCUGUCUCAGCACAUACUGUAGUACCAGGCUAUAUCAGACCAAGCUAACUAUGAGAUAUGGACUAGUUACUAUCUGAACCCAAUAAGAACACACAUUUUCCAUUUGAAAACAAUUUAUUCCGUUUGUGCCAACUGAACAAACAUGAUUUAAGAAGACCCAAAAACUAGACAAUGUGCACUCUCAAACACUUGGCUUGGAGAUAACCCCCUGAGCUCUGAAAGAUGGCCUUUACCAGAACAAGUCUCAUAGACUUUGACAGGCACCCAUCUAUUUGCCCGCUCACAUCCAAAUGACCUGUCAGUCAAACCAUUCAUAUUCCCCUGCUGUGGCAGCUGGAUGAGAUUAGGGAUGCCUAAUGGAGGACGUCGAAAUGAGGUGGACCUGAGAGGGCCAUAUAUCUUACAGCAGCUGGGUGAAAUUAUGCUAGCUGAGUCUGGUACACCUCACACAGAACAGGAAAGUGAUGACGUACACCAUGAACAGAGAGAUGUUUUGGUUCCAACUUUAUACCCCUGCUUCAGCUUGAUGAUAAUACAUCUCCUGUAUAUUCAGAUGGGUAAAAGUUGUAUAAUUCCAUUCUACAUAGAUAGAGGUGAAUGCAAAUCCCUGGCUAUGGCUGCGUCCCAAAUGGCACCCUAUUCACUACUUUUGACCAGAGCCUAUGGGGGAAUAGGGUUACAUUUGGGUAGCGCCCUGUAUUUCCACCUGAAGGGGAUGCUCUCAUGCCAUUGCUGCUCUUGAAGGUAGUUACAGUACGUGCCACUUCCUUUCAGACAGUGUGUUUUUUUAAACAGCCUCCUGUGGAGAGACAGGCUGGAGUGCAUUUUAAUCAAAGCCUGUUGAGAUCUUUUCGGUUCUCAAAUGGCCCCUACAGCUGUGAUCCACCCCACGCUUCACACUGUAAAGGUCACUCAUUCAGACAAGAAGGGACUUGUUGAGGGUGCUGUGGUAUUGCCCUAAAUGUACUGGUCUGAUAGGGUUAUUAUAUGGAUACGUUUUAGAGUUAAAAGCUCAGACACCUAAGUCUUCUGACACCUUGUAUUAUAUCUGUGACGUUGGUUUUCAGAGACAUCUCUGUUGUGUGCAUGUGUCUGGGAAUUUGGAGUGACAGCAUAGCACUGUACAGUGAGGGAAUUAAGUAUUUGAUCCCCUGCUGAUUUUGUACGUUUGCCCACUGACAAAGACAUGAUCAGUCUAUAUAAUUUUAAUGGUAGGUUUAUUUGAACAGUGAGAGACAGAAUAACAACAAAAUCCAGAAAAACGCAUGUCAAAAAUGUUAUAAAUUGAUUUGCAUUUUAAUGAGGGAAAUAAGUAUUUGACCCCUCUGCAAAACAUGACUUAGUACUUGGUGGCAAAACCCUUGUUGGCAAUCAGAGGUCAGACAUUUCUUGUAGUUGGCCACCAGGUUUGCACACAUCUCAGGAGGGAUUUUGUCCCACUCCUCUUUGCAGAUCUUCUCCAAGUCAUUUCCUCCACAGAUGUUCUAUGGGAUUAAGGUCUGGAGACUGGCUAGGCCACUCCAGGACCUUAAUGUGCUUCUUCUUGAGCACCUCCUUUGUUGCCUUGGCCGUGUGUUUUGGGUCAUUGUCAUGCUGGAAUACCCAUCCACGACCCAUUUUCAAUGCCCUGGCUGAGGGAAGGAGGUUCUCACCCAAGAUUUGACGGGACAUGGCCCCGUCCAUCGUCCCUUUAAUGCGGUGAAGUUGUCCUGUCCCCUUAGCAGAAAAACACCCCAAAGCAUAUUGUUUCCACCUCCAUGUUUGACAGUGGGGAUGGUAUUCUUGGGGUCAUAGGCAGCAUUCCUCCUCCUCUAAACACGGCGAGUUGAGUUGAUGCCAAAGAGCUCGACACUUUCACCCAGUUCUCCUCUGAAUCAUUCAGAUGUUCAUUGGCAAACUUCAGAAGGGCCUGUAUAUGUGCUUUCUUGAGCAGGGGGACCUUGUGGGCGCUGCAGGAUUUCAGUCCUUCACGGCGUAGUGUGUUACCAAUUGUUUCCUUGGUGACUAUGGUCCCAGCUGCCUUGAGAUCAUUGACAAGAUCCUCCCGUGUAGUUCUGGGCUGAUUCCUCACCGUUCUCAUGAUCAGUGCAACUCCACGAGGUGAGAUCUUGCAUGGAGCCCCAGGCCGAGGGAGAUUGACAGUUCUUUUGUGUUUCUUCCAUUUGCGAAUAAUCGCACCAACUGUUGUCACCUUCUCACCAAGCUGCUUGGCGAUGGUCUUGUAGCCCAUUCCAGCCUUGUGUAGGUCUACAAUCUUGUCCCUGACAUCCUUGGAGAGCUCUUUGGUCUUGGCCAUGGUGGAGAGUUUGGAAUCUGAUUGAUUGCUUCUGUGGACAGGUGUCUUUUAUACAGGUAACAAGCUGAGAUUCGGAGCACUCCCUUUAAGAGUGUGCUCCUAAUCUCAGCUCGUUACCUGUAUAAAAGACACCUGGGAGCCAGAAAUCUUUCUGAUUGAGAGGGGGUCAAAUACUUAUUUCCCUCAUUAAAAUGCAAAUCAAUUUAUAACAUUUUUGACAUGUGUUUUUCUGGAUUUUUUUGUUGUUAUUCUGUCUCUCACUGUUCAAAUAAACCUACCAUUAAAAUUAUAGACUGAUCAUUUCUUUGUCAGUGGGCAAACGUACAAAAUCAGCAGGGGAUCAAAUACUUUUUUCCCCACACUGUAUGUAUGCCAGGGAUUUUCCGGUAUUUUAGUGGGUCAAAGCGGGUCUAAUCAAAACGUAUGUUCUCCCUGCAGGAGAAACGGGUGAUCAAUGACUGGAAACAAGGGCCACCCCGAGGAAGGAGGGACUCUGAGGAGGGAGACAGCCCCAGACCCCAAGGUGAAAGCCCCCCGCGGCGGUCCGGGCGGCUCAGCAGGGGUGGACAGAGAGGGGGAGGACAACGGCAGGAGAGGAGAGAGCAACGCCCUGACAGACCCCUAGCAGACCCACGCCAGGCCCAUGACAGACCACCACGAGAGGAGAGACCACCACGAGAGGAGAGGGGUCCAAGAGAGGAGAGGGGUCCAAGAGAGGAGAGGGGUCCAGGCAUGGAGGGGCCAGGAGAGGGCCCCGGCCGCAGUGAACGUGCCCCACGCGGAGGAAGGAGAGGAAGAGGAGGACGAGGAGGACGAGAAAGAGAAGAAGGAGGAGGACCACAGGGUGGUGACAGGAAGUCUAAGGUCUGUGAGCAAAACCAUAUCAGCUAAUAACUAGUGAGGCAAUGUUGCUGCAGAUGUGCCAGGUUGUAUAGUUUCAAUAGGCUCACAGGUUUACCAGUGGUAUAGUCUCCGUAAUGAUGGUUAGACCUUUAGGUUGUACAGUAUAUCUUAAUGAUGAUGUUGGUUACUUUGCAAUGACAUGAGUAAUGGGAAGAUGAGUCGUGGUCAAAAUAUUUGAGAAUGCCACAAAUACAGAUUUUCACAAAGUCUGCUGCCUCAGUUUUGAUGAUGGCAAUUUGCAUAUACUCCAGAAUGUCAUGAAGAGUGAUCAGAUGAAUUGCAAUUAAUUGCAAAGUCCCUCUUUGCCAUGAAAAUGAACUUAAUCCCAAAAAAACAUUUCCACUGCAUUUCAGCCCUGCCACAAAAGGACUAGCUGCCAUCUUGUCAGAGGACAAGGCUGGAGAUCACUCUGUCAUGCUGAUUGAGUUAGAAUAACAGACUGGAAGCUUUAAAAGGAGGGUGGUGCUUGAAAUCAUUGUUCUUCCUCUGUUAACCAUGGUUACCUGCAAGGAAACACGUGCCGUCAUCAUUGCUUUGCACAAAAAGGGCUUCACAGGCAAGGAUAUUGCUGCUAGUAAGAUUGCACCUAAAUCAACCAUUUAUCGGAUCAUCAAGAACUUCAAGGAGAGAGGUUCAAUUGUUGUAAAGAAGGAUUCAGGGCGCCCAAGAAAGUCCAGCAAGCGCCAGGACCGUCUCCUUAAGUUGAUUCAGCUGCGGGAUCGGGGCACCACCAGUGCAGAGCUUGCUCAGGAAUGGCAGCAGGCAGGUGUGAGUGCAUCUGCACGCACAGUGAGGCGAAGACUUUUGGAGGAUGGCCUGGUGUCAAGAAGGGCAGCAAAGAAGCCACUUCUCUCCAGGAAUAACAUCAGGGACAGACUGAUAUUCUGCAAAAGGUACAGGGAUUGGACUGCUGAGGACUGGGGUAAAGUCAUUUUGAUGAAUCCCCUUUCCGAUUGUUUAGGGCAUCCGGAAAACACCUUGUCCGGAGAAGACAAGGUGAGCGCUACCAUCAGUCCUGUGUCAUGCCAACAGUAAAGCAUCCUGAGACCAUUCAUGUGUGGGGUUGCUUCUCAGCCAAGGGAGUGGGCUCACUCACAAUUUGCCUAAGAACACAGCCAUAAAUAAAGAAUGGUACCAACACAUCCUCCGAGAGCAACUUCUCCCAAUCAUCCAAGAACAGUUUGGUGACGACCCAUGCCUUUUCCAGCAUGAUGGAGCACCUUGACAUAAGGCAAAAGUGAUAACUAAGUGGCUCGGGGAACAAAACAUCGACAUUUUGGGUUCAUGGCCAGGAAACUCCCCAGACCUUAAUCCCAUUGAGAACUUGUGGUCGAUCCUCAAGAGGCGGGUGGACAAACAAAAACCCACAAAUUCUGACAAACUCCAAGCAUUGAUUAUGUAAGAAUGGGCUGCCAUCAGUCAGGAUGUGGCCCAGAAGUUAAUUGACCGCAUGCCAGGGCGGAUUGCAGAGGUCUUGAAAAAGAAGGGUCAACACUGCAAAUAUUGACUCUUUGCAUAAACUUAAUGUAAUUGUCAAUAAAAGCCUUUGACACUUAUGGAAUGCUUGUAAUUAUACUUCAGUAUACCAUAGUAACAUCUGACAAAAAUAUCUCAUAACACUGAAGCAGUGAACUUUGAGAAGACCAAUACUUGUGUCAUUCUCAACUUUUGACCACGACUGUACAUACUAUAGUAAUUGGAGAAAAAGACUGAACAAGAUUUAGAAAGAACAUAUGGGUGUGAAAUUUAGCGAAUUGGAAUGGCCUACUCUAUUUUCUAUGUUCUUUCUAAAAUGUUGUGCCUCUGUUGUGCCUCUCUGUAGGAGUGGGAGGAGAAAAGGAGGCAGAACAUUGAGAAGAUGAACGAGGAGAUGGAGAAGAUUGCAGAGUAUGAAAGAGGACAAAUGGUAUGUACAGGAAGCCAUUUUGUGAAAAUCGGAUUACAAUCAGAUUAUUUGAUGACAGUUUAGCAUUGAAGACCUGACAUAAAAAAAUAAAAAAUGGAAUAAUUUUUUUUUAUUGUAAAGUGGUUAACCCACUGGCUAUAGGGUGAAUGCACCAAUUUGUAAGUCGCUCUGGAUAAGAGCGUCUGCUAAAUGACGUAAAUGUAAAAUGUACAUAGAUAGUGUAAGGAAGCUGUCUUUGGAAUCCCUCUGCAGCCUGCCGAGGGAGACAAGCCCAUCCGUAACUUCCUGGAUGACCCGCGGCGCUCCGGCCCAGUCCCGGACAUGGACCGCAAAGAGGGCAGCCGCCGACACGUCCGAAACUGGGGCGGAGUAGACUUUGACAACGUGAAGACGGGAUCUGAGCUGGAGAAGGAGUGGACAGUGAGUGCUCUGUUCUGUUUUGUAAACGACAUGAUCGGUCAAAUGUUCUGUGUGGUUUGUCUUCUCCUUUUUGUUGACACGUUUCCUUUAUUGAAAAUUAGAACAAAGUUCGAUCUAUCUGUUUUAUAAUGUCUUUCCUUUCUCUCCUCUGUAUCAUGCUAUUAAAUCCCUUCUCUCUUACAUCCUGCUAUCAAUCCUGCUACUUUACAUUCCUUUUUCCACCCCCCCCCUCUCUCUCUCUCUCUCUCUCUCCAACAGAGUCGGAGACCAGGAGGCCCUAAGGGCUCCAUGGAUAUGACCAUGUCUAUGACGGGCCGGGAGCGUGCCGAGUACCUCCGCUGGAAGAAGGAGCGUGAGGAGAUUGACGAGGAGCGUCUGGCCAGGCACAGGAACGCCACGGGCCAGUGGAGACGGGAAUGGGACGCCCAGAAGACUGACGGCUUGUGAGUGACUGACUGGAGGAGGACCGCUAACACCACUGACACACUGGGAUCACAUCUCGCUCACAAAUACCCUUGGAGACAGCCAGGGUUUUAUUAACAAAAACACCACAACAGCAGGCAUUCAGUGCACCAAACCAGGCAGUGCACACUGAAGCCCAAGAUGACAACACCGCUCCAAAAUAUCAAAUGAUUACCGGCUGCCACACUUUAUGUUUUAGAUGUUGUGUUCCAUUUACUGUACAUCCUGAGAUGCAGCCCAGAAAGGGAGAACCACAGGAACAAGAUGCGUGGAUUAGAACAUAUCUAAAUGAUAGUGGAUAAAAAUGUAUCACAUUCAGCAUUCAACACAUGCUCUUUCUUUAGCCAUAAGAGCAUGAAGGCCAUGUGAGUUUAGGAGGCCCAUACAGGUACAUGUUGGGGAGGCUGGUCAGAGGCUUGGCGUUGGGCAGGGUUUGUGUUUGAGUUUGAGUUUAUUUUUAUUUUUACAGGGACAGUGCACAUUAAUCAACUUUUCGGUAAAAGUGGCAGUUUUAGCCAGCCGGCUAAUUUUCAACCGCAGUUCCUGGGCAGGUUAUUAAAAACAAUUACAAUAAUACAGACAAACAGUGAGCAGUGAGCACAUGCAGAGCAACAUAGGACAAGCAACAUGUGACAGACGGUAAUAGCACAAAAAGCAACAAAACAAAAUACAUAACAGCAACAGUGUUUCCACACCUCACAAGCUACAAACAGAUAACAUAGAAAGCGGUAAUACACAGCUAGGGAUUAUGUUCACAAGUCUGAUUGUCCUUUAGCCAUGUCUUUGUUUCUUGUGACGGUGCGAUAGGUGUGGGGGUGGUGGCAGGGAGGGAUUGACAGGUCCAGUGGUAAUGCGAUGUGAAGGUGAGGAGGUCUGACCCUGCGGUGCUUUCACAGGUUUAAGGAGGACCCAGCUGUGGCUGCAGAGGGCAUGCUGCCAGACCAGGGAGGCAGCAGGAGAGGCAAGUCACACCCAAACUCCCACCCCCCCCCAGACUCUGAUGACAAGGCGUUGUUUGUUACCAGUGUUACACAAUCACUGACGGACAAGGACGGCAGACUUUACUCAACCCUUUCUCCCUCUCUAUCCCAAACAAACACAUUCACCCAUUCACAGAUAAGUGCAUACACACAAACAACACUUCAAACCUUUCCAUUAGACGCAGCACACUCUCAUUGAUGCUUUGUCAGAGCAACACUCAAAUUUUUCCAAGCCCCGUUAACAUAGUGUAUUAUCUGUGUAUACGGUAGAUAGUGUUGUUGUGGUGACCCUGUGUGUAGUGACGUGAGUGACGUCACUCUGUGUGUCCUCCCUUCAGCCAGGGGGCGUGGUUCCCGCACACAGCCUCACGGCGGGGCCUCAGGUUAGCCAAUGGCAUGGGACUGAGUUGGUGUGCGUUACGUGUGGCUCACCCCCCCAGCAUUCUGCUGUGUGUUAAGUUGUGUCCCAAAUGGCAUCCCAUUCCCAAUAACGCACUACUUUUGACCUGGACCCCAAGUACUGCACUAAAUAGGUAAUAGGGGUGCCAUUUGGAACUGAACCCUAUUCUAGACGUCAGGUCUGACUUCCACAGACAAUCUUGGAAUGCUGUCACUGGGGUUGCUCAAGCACAACCUAGACUGGAACUACUAGUAUGUUUGUUGUCAGAAUAUAUGCCUUGCCCCUCAGAUGCUCAACCGAGGAUGAAAUUAGCUUCCCUCAUUGAAUGCACUUGCUUUGGCUGUGUGUCUGUGUGUGUUCGUCUAAGCUGCUAUGUGUUGCAGUCUUUCUCCAUCCCUUCCUCAAAACCCAGCGGCACUUUACAAGCUAUCCAACAAAGUGAUGAAUAGACAAAUGUGUGUCCCAUAAUGGCACCCUAUUCCCUAAAUAGUGCACUACUUUUGACUAAAGCCCUAUGGGUCCUGGUCAAAGUAGUUCACUAUAAAGGGAAUAUGAUGCCAUUUCAGAGCGGCACUGCUGUGUCAGUACUGGGGCUGUCAUUCAUUUAUUUUCAAGGUCUUGAAACCUGUUCUUCCACGCCAACCCCUCUAAUCUGAACUCUCUUCCUCCCUCGUCCUUCACUUCCACAGACGAGGUGAAGGGGCCUCCCAAGGCGCCCACGUUCGGAGACUUCCUGGGGCAGGGUAGAGGACCCAGGGAGGGGGGCAGUGGAGAGCGGGGGAGGGGACGAGGACAGAGACACAACUACAGGUACAGCCCCUCUUCUAACGCUUUGACUAGAUCUGUUGUUUUCGUUCCUCACCAUUCCAAUGACUGGAUCUCUUUGACAGCAUGCACGAUAACCGCUGGGAGGAGGAGGAGAAGGAGGAGGAGGAGGAGGAGAAACACAAGAAGGAGGAGAAGACUCAGAAGGAGGAUCGGAAGACCAAAGCUCCCUCAUCACAAAAGGUAUGUCGUCUCCUACCACCAUAAACUGGGAUCUGUGUUUUAACACAUGUAUGCCAGUGUUGUUUUUUUAACAUGAUCUCUUUCCAUGAUCCACAUUAAGAGGUGACUUGUCUGCUUCUUUUCCUCUUAGAUGGAGGAGAAGAGUGGUGACGCAGAGGAAGAUGAGGAUGAGUGGGAGGAUGCCAGCGAUGGAGAGGACGAAGAUACGGACGGGGAGGACGACUCUGAGGGAGACGACUCGGAGGAGAAAGACGGACAGUCCCCGAAGAAGGCACCUCGCCCAGAAACCACAGCAGGGAAGUCCGCUGCCACCUCACCCCCUCCCUCCACUCCCCCCUCCGCAGCCAGUCCCAAAGAGCAGCGCACCCCGAGGCCCAAAGUCUACAUCCCCUCCCCACAGGAGGCUCAGGACUCCCCCGAUGGCCCCAAGCCCCUCAGCCCUUUCUCUCCCCUGGACGGCCACCAGGCGGUCACAGACUGGGGGGAGGAGAUGGAGAUGCAGUCCCCCCGGAGCAGUAUGGGGGAGAGCCCCCUGAAACCCACAAGCGCUGAGGGGAGCCCUGCACAGGUUAAGGUCAACUCCAGCCCCAGCCCAACCCCCAGUCCCAGCAAGCCAGCAGAGCCAGAGAAGGAGAGGGACACACGGACAGGUACAGAUAUUUAUUUACUGGUUUGACCGUUGUAUUAUAUUGCAAGAUCAUACCGUACAUUUGACAUGCUGUUGAAUGUGCUACCAUUUAAAUUCAGGAUAAACCAGCAAAGUUGAUCAGAAUGAUAUGUGUCUGUUGAUGCUCAGCAUUCUGUCAGUUGUCUGUUCUGGGUUUUCUUCAUCCGCACUAAACCCCCCCCCCCCCCCCUAUCAUUCUCUCUAUAACUCUCAGUUGUGGUCACUAAUGCUCCACCAGAGGAGACUCUGAUCCAGGAAAAAACUCCUGUAUCAUCGUCACCAUUAGAGCCUGUCUCUACCCCCACUGACCCCCCAGAGAAAGAGGAGACCACCACCACUCCACCAGCCCAGGAGACACCUGCUACCCCCACAGAGGGUAACUAUCCCACUGCAAAGCAGCCGUUUUUUAUCUUAAUAUCAAAUCAUUCUGGGUAACAAGUAAGUACCUUACUGUAAUUGUUUUCAAAUAAAAUGGUAAAACAUCAACUAAAAUAGCAAUUUCUCAAACAAGAAUAUAGCUAGGACCGUCUUGGAGUGGUCUGAGUGGGGAGGGGAAAACUGAAAACUAGCUGUUAUUGGCAGAAAGGUUUAGAACUUUCUUUCUUAUUUACCGCCUGGUGAUGUCAUCAGGAAGGCCAAAACUCCUUCCCACCAAAACAGGCUGAAAUUUCAGGUGGUCAUUUUCAAACAGCUCUUACACUAAAAGGACAUUAUCAUCAUUUUCACAAUUUCACAGUAUAAUUCCAACCUCAUAGUGUGGAAAUGUAUAUAAAACACAGGAAUAUCACGUUUUCAACUGCACUGUGCCUUUUAAUGCUAAAAUGGAGACUAGAAGAUUCCAUAGGGCUGAAUUACACACAGAAUCAAAAUGCAGGCAAAGCAGCAUUGUUGCUUAUGGUCAUCUGACGUUUUAUUUUUAUGACCACCUGAAGGCUGUGGUAAAAAUCAAAUGAUGUGUCUGACUCAUUCUUCCUUCCCUGAACCAUCUGAUCCAGAUGAGGAGGACCCUGCCGCCACUCCUGCCCCUGUCCUGGAGUCUGACCAGAGCCUGUCUGAGCCGGCCACUGUCCCAGAGACUGCCCCAGACACCUUGGAGCAGCCAUCUUCAGGUGCGGUUCACAUCACUGACUUUGAGACGGUGGCUUUCUGUAAGAAGUCUCUGACUCCCGCCGAGCACUAACCACAAACCAACGUACCUCCCUCCUUCCCUCUAUCUUUCCCUCUUUUAUUGAUUUUUCUUUGUUUGCCACUCACCCCUCUUCUCUGUGUCCUCUCCAUCUGUCUGUCGGAAGUUGGCUGGCUGGCAUGACCCCACGAACAACUUCUACUGGGCACGGGCAAGGCUUGUCUGUCACUCACUGCAUUCUUUGGCCAAUGGGAGCCCUCUUUUUUUUUUUCUCCAAAUCCUCUGUGAAACUCCUCCGCCUUGCCGUUUCCUCCUGGGGAACUGAAUGUACUAACCUCCGCCCCCUUCACGAUGGCUACCACACCUCACUGUGUGAAACCCUGCCGUUUUACCCUUUGAACACUUUCCUUUGGGUUUGCCUUCUCGUUUCCUUGUUUUGUGGGUUAAUGCAUUUACUACUGCCCACCCUGUCCCAAAUCUCGAAUGAGCAAAAUCACAUAUAUUUUCUGUUUUUCAUGGGUUUGUUAAUCGCAUGGCUGACAUAUGGAUGAAGAGUGGCUUGAGAAGGAUGAGAAUCAAAUUUGCUCUUCCAUUCAUUUCUCCUCAUCAUGCUGUCUGCCUCUUAAAUUGAUGUCUGUUUGGCUAAGACUUCACUACGCCUGAAAUGUAAUAACGCUAACCAGAACCAGACACCCAUUGGAUGAUAACAGAACAUGUUUAAACAGUGCAUUACUCAAUUGAAACCACCAAAAAAACAUGUUAGAUUUUUUAUUUUUUUUGCCCUGUUUAUGUAUUUUGUCUCAAUGUCAUCAAAAUGCAUAAUUUAGCCUUUCCCAUAGUCUCCACUUUGACAUCCCUAGAAAGGUUGAAUAGCACCUCUCUGUAAAGCCCUUCAAUGACAAACACAAACGAUGCCUGUGUUUCUCACUUAAAGUUAGAAUACUUAGUUGCCACAUCCAUUGUUGGACGUAUAAGUUAAUGAUGUAUACCCAUUUGAUUCUUGAAGAAUAUAACUUAGAAAUGCCUCAUGAGGCGGCGCACAAUUGGCCCAGCGUCGUCUGGGUUAGGGGAGGGUUUGGCGGGCCGGGAUGUCAUUGUCCCAUCGCGCUCUAGCGACUCCUGUGGCGGGCGCAUGCACGCUGACACGGUCGCCAGUUGUAUGGUGUUUCCUCCGACACUUUGGUGCAGCUGGCUUCCGAGUUAAGCGAGCAGUGUGUCAAGAAGCAGUGCGGCUUGGCAGGGUCGUGUUUUGGAGGACGCGUGGCUCUCGACCUUCGCCUCUCCCGAGUCUGUACGGGAGUUGCAGCGAUGGGACAAGACUGUAACUAACAAUUGGAUCUCACGAAAUUGGGGAGAAAAAAGGGGUAAAAAGUACUAAACACCCCCCCCCCCCCACCUUUUGAGCUUAGUUCAACUGUAUGAGAGAACCCAAAAUAUAAGUUUGUAAACAAUGUAAACAAACACAAUAGCCUCAAAAGAUGGUUAAAACUAUCAUCUUGAUAUCAUGGAUGGUCAGUCUGCAUCCCAUAGAUCUGUCUAUGAAUUUGAGAGUGGUUAGAUUUCUCCAGGCCCAUCCCUUAGCGUUAUACCAAAACAGAAGCGGGGUGGACACUUCGUUAUUUUUUCAAUUAAGAAAUCUAGCAUUAAUGGUUUCAGAAACCAUUUAUUGCUUUCUCAUGAGCUUAGUUUAAAAAAUAAUGUGGCCCAUUAGCGCAGUAAAUGCACUCUAAAUCAUGUUUUAAUGAUGUGUAGGAUAAUGUGCAUUCAUUGCACUCCCUUUGUCUCUGAGGGCAGAGUGCUAAGAAUUAGCAAUGACAUGCCUUUUUAGAAGUGGAUCAUUUAUUUCUGACUCAAGCUUUUUAUACUCUUUAAUACAUCAGUAGAGUUUGUAACAGCCCAGAUGGUAUAUUUAGUGAUACACAGAACAAAUGAAUUGAGCAUUUCUCUGUUGAGCUACAAUGCACUGCACUUUGACAAGGCAGCUUAAAUGCCCCAAAAAAUUGCCAUUAUGAAGGUGGGAUUGUAUGACUAGAUUUUUGUAGAUGUUUAGUCGUGAGUACUAGAAUGUAGAAUCCUUCCCCCAACCCUUAUGAGUGUUCUGUUGUAAACCGAUAGCUUCAACACAGAUUUAUGUUUUUUCCUUUAGUUUUGGCUUUUGUAGGUUAUUUUGCACCCUUCUGACCCCAUGACUUCACAUAUGAUGUGAUUGACAGCAGUACCUUGGUAUCACAACAUGAUACCAUUAUGACUGUUUUUCUUAUUGAAGCCCUUGCAGAGAAAACUCCCAGUCUGUAAAAGGCUCUUCUGAGGAGAUAAAUGUUUCCUUGUUGUCUGGUCCUUGUCAUCAUUAUUAGGCUUCUCCUUACAACCCUUUAAGUGUGUUUCUCUGGUGGUAAUCACCACAGCUAAUGGCUGGUGUGCAUGCUAAACGGCACCCUAUUCCCUUCAUAAUGUGGUCCUCUGUAGCUCAGCUGGUAGAGCACGGCGCUUGUAACACCAAGGUAGUGGGUUCGAUCCCCGGGACCACCCACACACAAAAAAAUGUAUGCACGCAUGACUGUAAGUCGCUUUGGAUAAAAGCGUCUGCUAAAUGGCUUAUUAUUAUUAUAAUGUACUACUUUUAUAGGGCUCUGGUCAGAAGUAGUGCACUAUAAAGGGAAUAGGGUGUAAUUUGGGACUAAACUUGGGUGUCUAUGCUUUGGCUGAAUGAAGACAGUCACUGCACCAAAUCCCGUUAGUCUAGUGAGGGUGGAGAUCGGUGAAGUACUGGAAGAAGAGGCCCAAUUAACGUUGAAAGGCUUUUAUGAGGAGAUUAGCCACAGUCUGACCGACAAAUGAUGGUGUGGAUGUAAUGGAAACCCUUUUGAACUCUGAGCCUGAUUGAUUAAAACCGCCUCUCUUCGAGUUCUUUGAUGUUUUUGAGGCUAGGGAGACUAAUAUUGGUCCAUGAGAGGACUGUUACCCAAUCCCGCAUUGAAUAGGCAAUCAAAUGAGCAUUGCAGAAAAGGCCUGUUUGGCUGAUGGAAACAUACUGUCAAUGGUGAGUAGCUUGGGUUACAUUAAUCUAUGCAUAUUCCAUAUAUCGUAGUACUAUAAUAUCAUGUAUGAGCUUUAUAUACCUAUUUGGACGACCAUUGGUAGUUAUUUUUCUGCUGAGAGCUAAUACCAGACCGAGACCAUGCCAUACCAUGCUGUCCCAUGCAUGUGGUGCUGUGUUAGCAGUGUUGGAGACAGACAGCAGAUUAAGCCAGCUUGCAGCACAGUGACCCCCCCCCCCCCCCCCCCCCCCCCCCCACUCCCUCUGUUCUCUAUCAACAGGCUGAGAGCUGCUCUGGGAAACUGACUUUUCAGUGCUAGUGGUUCACAGAUGAUGGGAUGAGGAGGGGAGAAAAUAAUGACAAGAAGGAAGGAAACCGGGCCUCGCGCACCAUGACUGGAGCAGCCAUCACAGACAACCUGGAGGCCUCCAAACCUCUCCCUCUCCUCAACAAUCAGACCACGUAUGUUCUGUACUGUUUGACUUGCAUAGAAUAGUGAUACUGCCGUUCAUCUGAGCCACUACGGUAAAUGGCUUGGGUUUUAUGGCAGCCAAUUAGGAUGUUACUGUGAUGUCAAGUCAACAAAUCCCCAACUUGUUUUUACGUUUUGUGUUAUUGAUUUGUGUAUGAUUAACAAAUGAAACUAUUACAUUUCGCGAAAACUCACAAAUAUGAAAUUCUCUCACCUCACUUGUUCAACCUUAGCAUUUAAAAAAACAAAAACUCCACCUCUCUUCUUUUGGAAGGUCAAAGAGACUCUUAUGCCCCUUCAACAUGGCUAAAAAUUACAUAUUUGGCACGCUAACAGUUGAAAGAGCAUUCUCCUCCCUGAAUGUAGGCAGCUUAUUGACGACAGCUUAUCCACACUUGUUUUAAUUGCCCUUACUUUAAAGAUUCCCAAGACCCAAACACCCAAAACUGUCCUCCCCUGUUAGCCUGUAAAAACUGAAUUAAUGAUUGUGAAUGUUAUUGGACACUGUUUGUGUCCCAAAUGUCACUAUCUCUAUACAGUGCACUACUUUUGAGUCCUAAGGGCAAUGGUCAAUAUUAGUGCACAAUAGAGGCAAUAGGGUGCCAUUCGUGACACAAACCCUCUCUUUGUGUAGUUUGUAUGGAUAUGGUUUGGCCCCCUUUAUCCUUAACUCAAUACUUUUUAGUUGUAUUUUGUCAUGAAACUAAUUAUGUGAACAAAUUUAAGCCAUGGCAUUGAAAAAUGUACAUUCUGUUUCCUGAUAAUCAUGUAACAAAGUUGGUUUACAUUUGUGACCCCAAGAGGAGUAUAGUUAAAAUGUUAUUAGUUUCUUUUUAAGUGAGGUACAUUGUACUUAACCAAGCACAGGCAUCAUGUGACCCUGACAAUGUUUGUUAAUAACCAUGACCAUCCAAAGCUUUCCUUUUGCUUCUCAUUUGCGAUAGAUCGCUAGUGGCCUUUCUAGUUUUAAUCAAGGGGCAUCAGAACAUGUACCUCAACAGACCACGAUUUUGUUUAGAUUUUUAAGUCUUGUUGGCUUUUUUUAGCGUACUCUUGGUCAUGAACUCAAAAUCUGGCUCACCUAUAAUGAACAGGAGCACAGAUAUUAAACUAUGCUUAAAUUGUAUUUCUCAAAAAGGAAUGAAGAGGUGAAAUGAAUGGAUCAUGUCAAUAACUCUAGGAAAUGCAAUAUGUAGUUUAUAAUUUAAUAUUUUUAAUUGCAACUAAAAAUUCCAAUGUUUUGUGUGGAAAAAAGGCAUCAAUUUUUGUUCUUUGUGAUUUGCAUUCUAUAUCCUCAUUCUUUUCCGUUUCUGAUGACUUAGUGAUUGUAUUAUAAGCAUCGAAUUUUCCUAAACUUCUAUAAUAUCUUCGUUUGAAUAUAAAACUGCAUUAUUUGGGUUUAUUUUUGGAAUGGAGUGUAACUGGCCUAUCUAAACUAGCAUGAUCCUAAAUUCUAGACUUUUCCUGUUUAUCCGUUGAUUACCAUUCAUUAGUUUUUAUCCCAAGAUAUUGACCCUUUAAUCAAUCAAUCAGGAGAUUACAUUUGAUAGCUUUUUCUUUAAGUAUAAAAUUAUGAUUUGGCAGGAAACUCAUUGGUUCAUGUGCAACUGUCAAAUGUACAACAUGAAAUGUAUUCUGUUUAUUUUGCUUCUUAGUUUUCAUAUCAAAUAAAUGUAUGGUGGUCCGGUCUCAAUAAUGUUUCUCGUGAUUUACAAUAAGUGCAACCUCAAACAGUUGACUGAUGUAUUGUGCGUGUAGGGAUUAUAAUUAUGUUUUUGCCUGUCGCACAAAGUGAAUGCAGUGCCCUGGCUUUUUAGUUUAUGGUUUUGCCCAUGGUUUCGACCGUGAAUGCUCCAGGGAGAAUAUUGUUUGUGAUGCUUUUAAAGCUAUUUCCCCAACACGACACCAGAAAUAUGAAAAUAAAAUGAAUACCCCCCGACCUGCAGGUUUGUAUGUUCAUCCCUUGGUAAAUAAAUCUAACUUCAUUUUAGAUCUACAACCCUCGCGGACAACAUUUUGAUAGACGUCUUGUGCGAUAAUCAUAGGCAAAUGCACCUAUCAUAUUUCUGGGACGUAGGCGAACUGCUAACUGUGAAACUAUAAUCCAAUCAAUGUGCUUUUGUAGCGUUUGACCCGCCCCAUUUGAUUCCUUUAAAUUGCAAGCUGUUAUGCAUAGCUGGUGCGCUCCAGACGCCCUGUCCAGUUCUUAGAGAGGGUUAAUUAAAGCAUCGUCCCACGAGGAGCAGUGACAGCGGUUUCCACAAUACCCACCUGACUUGAAGGGGAAAGAGAUAAUUUGGAGGCUUUGGACACUGACAAAUGAACAGACUACAUUCAUUGCCAGAACAAGGAUAUAACAAUUGCAGGAUGAAAGCCAACACACAAGUUACCACCGUGAAGCAGAACGGGGACAAGAACAGGAGGCCGAGCUAUCCAGGCGACCAGCGGGUGAAACAUGCCAACAUAACCACAAAGAUUUGGGUGAAAGUGGCGAUGACGCUUGCUUAUUUCCUAUGCGUGUCAAUAGCUGCCUUUAUUCUGACAAUCUACUAUGUUUUCUUUUGGAGUCCAGAUCCUGUCAAUAGCCCGGCAUCGGACAAUGUCACCAUCCCGGCAGUAGCCAACAACACAACGUGCCAGCCAAGGUUAUGA